UGUGUGGGCUGCUGCGCCUGCGCGGUGAGUCGAGGCAGAGAGAGAGAGAGAGAGAGGAGGCAGCUGCGGCGCCGAGAGCGGAGCCCAGGACACACACACACACUCGCACAGACACGAGCAGCGCACACAGUACAGGCCCGAGAGACGCGAGCUGAGGAGACUCGCAGCCCCGAGCCACGUACACACAUAAUAUAUAUACACACACAUACAUACAGACAUAGAGAGAGAGGGAGAGAGCGAGAAAAGCCACGACCGACCAUGAGCGACGUGAACGUGAAGAAGCUGAAAGUGUCUGAGCUGAAGGAGGAGCUGAAAAAGCGCGGCCUGGGCGUGCAGGGCCUCAAGGCCGAGCUGCAGGAGAGGCUGCAGGCCGCCCUGGACAAGGAGUCCGCCGACCACGAAGCCAUCAUCCUGGAGGAGGACGAGGCGGGCGGCGGCGGCGGCGGGGGGGCGGGCGAGCACCGCGAGCUGAGCCCCCUCUCGGCUGGUCAGAACGGCAACGAGGAGGCGGUGGGGGAGUUGGGCCUGGAGGAGCUGCCCGACACGCUGCUCGAUGAUGAGGAGGACGAAGACGAUGAGGAGGAGGAGGAGGAAGACGAUGAGGAGGAGGAGGAGGAAGAAGAGGAAGAGGAGCAGGUGGUGGGAGACAAUGCCGAGCCCCAGCCGCUGUGCCUCAACACAAAGGGACUGAACGGCGACAAGCCGCAGGGGCAGCCCCCGGCCCCCGCCUCGAAGCAGCAGGAGGAGGAGGCGGCGAAGAAGCCGGAGCCGCAGGCCGAGGCCUCGGCGGCAGCGGGUGGUGUGGCGGUUCCCGCCCAGGCCUCCCCGGAGAAGCCCAACGAGGCCAAGAAAGUAGCGCCGGGCCUCGCGGCCGCCGCGGCUGGAGGUGCAAGCGGCCCGGCCGAGGCCGAGGAGGAGGCGGAGGAGGAGGAGGAGAAGAACGGGGCGGCCGCGCAGCCGCAGCCCCCCGAGGAGCAGAUGGAGGUGGGGGGGACUGAGCUGAAGCCGGAGCCGCGGCCGCACAAACUCCAGCAGCAGCAGCAGCAGCAGCAGAAGAAGAAGAAAGAUGGGCAGACGGAGAAAGGUCCGGAGCGCGCGUCUCCCGCCCGGCCUCAGGCCUCAGGAGAAGGGAGCAAGGCUGCGCAGUCAACUGAUCAAAGCAAAGAGCAAAAUCGCAAAGGUGUAAAGAGACCCCAUGAGGACCAUGGACGUGGCUAUUAUGAAUAUAUUGAAGAAAACAAGUAUCGACGGGCUAAAUCUCCCCAGCCACCUGUGGAAGAAGAAGAAGAAGAUUUUGAUGAUACUGUAGUUGCCCUGGAUACUUACAACUGUGAUUUGCACUUUAAAAUAAACCGAAAUCGAUUUGGCGCCAUGCCUCUAACCAUGGAAGGAUUUGCCUACCUUUGGGCAGGAGGAAGAGCUUCCUAUGGAGUUACCAUGGGCAAAGUGUGCUUUGAAAUGAAGGUAAUUGAGAAGAUACCAGUUAAGCAUUUACCACCUGAUCAGACAGAUCCGCAUGAAGUGAGAGUUGGCUGGUCCUUCGCUUCCUCCAGCAUGCUACUUGGUGAAAAAGAAUUUUCCUUUGGGUACUCUGGGACAGGGACAAAAUCUUCAAAUUGCAAGUCUGAAGAGUAUGGUGAAAAGUUUGGAGAAAAUGAUGUGAUCGGCUGCUUUUUUACCUUUGGUGAUGAAGUGGAACUUUCCUACUCCAAGAAUGGUCAGGAUCUGGGAGUCGCAUUCAAAAUCAGCAAAGAUGAUCUUGCGGGUAGAGCUUUAUUUCCACAUGUUCUGUGUCAUAACUGUGCAGUGGAGUUUAACUUUGGGCAGGAAGAGACUCCCUUCCUUCCUACACCUGAAGGCUUCACCUUCCUCCAGCAGGUCCCAUUGGAGGAACGUGUACGGGGGCCAAAGGGCCCUACAACCAAAGGAGAAUGUGAAGUUUUGAUGAUGGUUGGCUUGCCUGGAGCUGGUAAAUCAGUCUGGGCUUCAAAGCAUGCUGCAGAACACCCAGGAAAAUAUAACAUUUUGGGGACAAACAACAUCAUGGAUAUCAUGAAGGUGUUGAGCUUCAAGCGUCAGAAAACUGAUGGUGGUAAACUGACUACACUGAUUCAGCAGGCCACACAGUGCUUGAGCAAGUUUAUUGAGAUCGCUGCUCGUAAGAAACGCAACUACAUUCUUGAUCAGACAAACGUGUGUGCCGCAGCUCAGAGAAGGAAGAUGUGCCUGUUCGCAGGUUUUCAGCGUAAAGCAGUUGUCAUUUGCCCCUCCGAUGAAGAAUAUAAGGAACGUUCGAAGAAAAAAGCUGAAGAAGAGGGCAAGGAUGUUCCAGAGCAUGCUGUUCUGAAAAUGAAAGGUAUCUUUGCACUGCCAGAGGCUGGUGAUUUCCUUACUGAUGUAAGCUAUGUGGAGCUGCAGAAGGAAGAUGCUGAGAAACUGCUUGAAAAAUAUAAGGAGGAAAGUAAAGCAGCCCUGCCACCUGAGAAACGUCCCAAUACUAAUGCUGGCAAACGAGGCCAAAAUCGGGGCCGAGGUGGCCAACGAGGUGGAAUGAACCAGUUUAAUAGAGGUGGUCAGAGAGGACGUGGUGGAUAUCAGAAUCGUGGCAACUUCCGUGGAGGCGCAAACCGUGGACAGUAUAACAACCGAAGAGGGGGAAAUAACAUGAUUCGCGGCUUUGUUCAUAAUCAAAGCUUCAGCCCAAGAGGAGGCUACAAUAGAGGUGGCUUUAUCGAAAGGAGUACUUACAGGGAGAGGGGUGCUUACAACAACAGAGGUGCACCGAACAACCACAGGGGUUCAGGCAGUCAAAGAGGAGCCUAUGUACAGAAUUUCAGGGGCAGGGGAAAUAAUCGUGGCUAUAACCAAGGCUACAGAAAUGAAAACUUCAACCAAGGUCAGGGCUACAAACAAAACUGGAACCGUCACCACCAAGUGCAGCGACCUCAACAGUUCUGGAGUCAGAAGCCAUGGAACCAGCAGUUCAGCAAAGACUACUACUAAUGUCUGCACUGAGUGAGCCAGCGUUGGUCUCGCAGUGCCCGCAACUUCAACCAAGAGAUGUCAACUUUUUUAAUCUUGAUUUUUAAACAUUCCAAAACAAAGUGCCUGCAGGUCGUAUUUGGAAGCUUUAUCAGUUAAUUGAUUUUUAAGUGUCUUUUAUUUUUUUACAUUAUAAUUGUAAUGUUAAGGUGGAAUGUGAUGAACCUCCCAAUUUCUAGAGGAUGAAAACAUUUUCAGUUUCUACACUUUUGUUUUCUGUAAAAUUUUAUCAAUAAGCCCCAUGAACUUGUGCUUUGUCUCUCUUGCUCAUGCUGUCUGAUUUCAGUCAGUUUAUUGUGCUUUUUAUAGAACUGCAGCAUGUGCAUUCCUUAUGCUGCUAACUUUAGCUCAUUAGAAAGAUAUCUUGUUUACUGUUGGUAGGUGUUUUUUUCCCCUUCUCUCCCUUUCCCAAAUUGUAUUCCCUUCUCUCCUGAAGAUGGUGACUCCUGCUGGAAAUUUUGCACGUGGAUAGGAUUGGGCUUAGCUAUGAUUUUCCCCACCUAACUCCCCAAUGGUUAUAUAACUUGCGAAUAAAUAAUUCUUGCAUUUGGUAUAGCGCCUUAUCACGUCUUCUAGACGUCUCAAAGCGCUUCACAGAUUAUACUGUAAAGUGGAUUGACUGCAUAUUUUGUGGGCGAUACUCACUGUCCAGCACUUGGAGGAAUAGCCAGUUAUGAAGAAUUCCUAUUGCUGUAGAAUCAAACCCACGUAUGAGUAACCAUGUUCAGCAGGGGAGGGGGAGGAUAAAGAAAGUAAGGGCAAACUGCCAGGGAGCACAAACUGAAUAAUGGAUGCUUGGAAGGCAGUUUUAAUAUUAGACAAUCUUGUGAUAUUUUCAACAGUGAGUGAAGCAACACGUUUAUUAAAACCAGCAGAGAGCUGAUUAGAUGUGUGGCCCUUUUCUUUCCACCUCCCCUCACCCUCCCAUUCUUCGCCAAGCAAUCUUGUUCAUAUAUUAUAAAUACUUAAUGUGUUUAUAUUAUAAAUACUGAAUGUGUUCAAAUUUUAAACUGUGGUUACUCACUGUUGCUGCAAAGUUGUGAUGUAGCACAGUUAAUAGGCUGGGGAGUUGCAUAAUGAAAAUGCCAUUGUGAUAUUAACUCACCAUCAUGUGAUUGGUGAAGGGGUGUAGAAGUAGACUAGUGGAGAAUUGUGCAUUCAGCUUGUGUUAUACUGUAGUCUCUCCUCUUGAGUUUUACAUGUUUGAAUACCUACAGUUGAGACAGAAUGUUAACCCUGGUGAGUUCAGUAAUAUUACUGCAACCAUUUCAAAAUGUAAUUGGUUACAUUCCAGGAAAUACCAUGAAUUGAAAGAUGAUCUUUAGCUUUAUACACUUCCAUUGCUUGUUUAGAAAUUUACCGUAGAUGACUCGUGCAGAUUUAUUAAGUUGGAUUGAAGGCCCUCUGAUUGAAAUUUACUUAGAUUAAUUUUCAAAGAGGAUUAUUUGUUUUAAAGUUGGGGACAAGGCUGGUGACCUGAUCUGCUGGAUCAGUUUCCUUUUGGGGUGACCCUGAUGGUUACUUUUCAGAAUUUGUGUCAGUCAUGGAAAGUAUCUGAUGUGUUUUUUUAAAAAUCUAUUUCAAGUACAGUGUUGCUUUCAUAUUAAUAAAUACUUGUCUUUUGAGAAAAUAAA